AUGCCUGUAUCCCGUGUCCCUACGCUGCAAGCUGCCUGGUAUUGGAUAUUAUCGCCUGUUCUGGUGGAAGGAAGCGAAGAUCGACGGUUUACAGCUGGGUCGGUUUCACUCGUACUCUUGAGGCUGGUUGCUGUAGCCCCGUUCACAGGCUUUAUGCUACCGAGUUGGACAAAUGGAGUACCAGCUUUGAUUUCUUGGAAUGAAACCCGACAAAACGCUCUUGAAGCGGACAGUUUGAAGUAUGAGCUCUUUUACGAUAGAUUAUCAACGGCCCUUUCGCAUUCAUCGUCCACAGAGGAAAACCUGUCCACGGCGGCCACUUUCUCAGCCAACAUUCAAUUGGGCGGGCAGCAGGUCCAGUCUGAGAAUCCUGAUUCCCCUAUUGUUCAAAGUCAUCCCACAUUCCAAGCCCGGUCUCAGCCAGGUGGUCUCUCCUUACGACCAAGAUAUCUCUGCUUCUUGACAGGCUCCGAGGAGAAGCCCUAUCGUACCAUUUCUGUGUCAGAUUACAUCCACGAGCACGGCGAUCAAGCAGACACCGAGUUCAUCUUUGUUUCGUACACGCGAAUGCAAUUCAGAGUGGCCACUGACGAGGAAAUCGAUGCAUAUGACUAUCCAGAUGAGGAAACGCGAGAUGCCAAUCGCAAAUUGGCCAAGAGCGACCGCGAGACUCUUGCGCGCUGGGGUGUGGAUGCAGCUUUGGCCGCCGGAAAGCCAGCAUUUUGGCUUGACUUUGAGUGUGUGCGUGACUCCGAUGGUGUCGCCCGGUCAAGCAGCAAAAGCGAGGACGUCUAUCGGAUCUGUGAUAUUGUCCGAGCGGCUCAUUCUAUGAUCAUUGCGAUUGGGCCAUCAGCCGAAGACAAGGUGAAGAAUGAAUUGCGAAGUGACGACAGCGGAUCGUCCAAGAUCUUCAAUACAGAACAUUCAUCGCAAUGGCUUCGACAAUGGGGCUCUCGUCUCUGGACGUUGCCGGAGCUUCUUCUCUGCCCCAACGAGUAUCGCAUCAAACUUUACGUCUUUGGAGAGUCCAAGGAGCCUAAAGAGCUAGCGAAACGAAACUUUGCCGAACGGGCCUGGGAGGAUGCCGAGUCUGUCAAGGAGUUGGUUAAUCACUACGAAGCAUCUGCAAUCCUCACACCGCGACAGCUGAUUGAAAUUGCCUUGGAGUGCUUCGCACGUCGUAAAACGGACCAGUUCAGUGCCGGAGAUGUCGCCUACGCCAUCAUGGGAUUGUUUCCCGACAGCCAAAGACCGCAGAUUGACCAGAAUGAUUCUGGGUUCAGGGCCUUUGCCCGGCUCGCCCUGGCAAUUGACGACGGGAACAUCCUUACGCGGAUGAUGUGCCUGGGUCCUCUGCACGCUGGCUCACCAUGGUCAGACACAUCGGACUACUGGGGCUCGAGGCUGAGAGAUUUUCGGCCAGCGUGCCAUGUACUAGAUGUCACAAGUUCGGAUGCCCUGGUGAUCCAGGACGUCUACGCCACGCCCAUCAGUUGGGACAAGAUUGAGCGUUCUACGUCCCUCAAGUAUUCAGGCAAGCGGUUUAGAACUCCACUCCUCGUGGCCUUUAAUAUUGCAUGGAUAUGCCUUCCGUGCUGGUUGUGGAUAACGCAUAUCAUUCCAUACGGUAAGAACUCAAUGUUCUUGUUUGCUAUUUUGAUCUAUGUGUCAGCCGCGAUAGUUCUUCUGUGCUCUAUCCUUUUCCCUUUCACUUUUAUGUUUUUUGGGGUACCUUACUGUUCAAAUAAAGAAAAAAGCCGGGUCAUUGGAAUUCAAGGAGCUGUCGAUACUGGAACUGUCGAACGCUAUAUCUGGGGAUUCAACCAUGGAAGGCUGAAGGAGGUAGUUGCGGAUGACGAACAAGGUGGAAACCUGAGUGUGAUUCGCAAAGAACACGCUGGUCAAAUUUUCACCAUCGUCGAUACAACGACGCUCACGAUGACUGUGGUGCGGUGCACAGCACCUCCAGUAUUCAUCGUCGUGUGUGGACAAGCGGGAGGAACUGAUCGGGCCCUUUUGUGCUCUUUCAACUGCAAGACGGGCUCCUAUCACCGCGAGAAAGUCCUACGUGUUGAUCCGUUGAUGAGCGGCUUGAUGCAUCGCACAAGGUCACUGCACUUGUGCCUUACGCCGCUCGGCCCAUCCUUAACACCAACGACUGUAUUAGAGACCGAUGGUGAUGCCAAUGGCCAUGGAUCCGGGGUCAUUUACAGAAUAACAGAAACCGCAAAACUAGCAUCCAAACCCCGGACUUUGAAUCUUCUGAUCAUGGUGACUGCCUUACAAAUAUUCGGUCCUCACACGUCCUUCUCAACUGGUUCGUAUUCGCGUAUCGCUUAUUUUUCUGGGAUUUGCCUUGCUCAAUUAGCUGCAUUCGUCUGUUUUCGCAAAGGCGUCUUAAUGCAAAUCACAGCACCGGCUUUAUACAGUAGCGAGAUGUUGUAUUACUUUCAGUAUAUGACUUACUAUCAUUGGCAUUUCCGAACGUGGUUGAUUUUGCCUCUAUGGUUAAUGUUGCAUUUGUUGCAUGGGGCUGCCACAGGCAUCGCGAUAUCUGGCUUGGUGUUCUACCACUGGGCAUGGUUCUCCAAAAAGAAGGCGAUAUGGCAUAUCCUAGCUUGGGCCGUUCUGACUAACGAGGUCUUUCGCGUUGCCAGCUUAUUCAUAAAGCUCUAUGAUCGGGCUUACCUUAACCACCUCCUGGAUGUCACAAUUUCUAUCAUGAUCCUCGCCUUGACGACGGUUUACUCCUCACAUCUGAGUUUGCCCCAAGAUUCGCCCCGGCUAGAUGGACCAGAAAGACUGGCUACUAUCUCUUCGUCGGCUAUUUCUAAAUAUAUCAACGGAGCGAAACCAAAGUGGUUGAAAACAUCAGGUUCCUCAGUGCCUCUGAUGGUCCUGUAUUCCACAGUCAUCACAACCAUAGCGUUCAUAAGUGGGACAAUGUCUGCAACUGCUCCUCAUUAUCCCCUAUAUCACUUCUUAGAACUUCUACCGGGAUUCGCGGUUGUUGUGGUUUCGAUUCUAGCGAGCCGGAUUUUGGCACGCUAUCUACCAGGGCUGAUCUAUCUGGCAAUGGCUUUUUGCUCUUUUGCUGGAGUUUUCCUGCCCGUUCGACUGCAUUUGCUUAUUCUUCCACUCAUUUGGAUAGUUAUUCUCGAUGAGAUGGACACAUUGACACAGGCCUUCGGCUUGCUCUGUGUGUCGAUCGCGGCAUGGGGAGCUGGGCGGCUUAUUUCGCCCACGUUGAUAUCCUUGGACAAAAUAACGACCCUGGGCAUACCAGUUUUCGCUGCUGUACAAGUAUGUUUAGUGGUGCUGGCUGGAGCAUUGACAGUGACCAGAGAGAGAAGGGCUGUUUCUGCUCAAAGGGCAAGAACGGUCCAGUCACAAUAUCAAGAUGUCGAUGAAGAUUUGGCUUAG